UACCAUCUAUUUGACUUCAAAGGUUACAUGGAAUUAUAAUGUUCUUUUAGUAAUUAUAUAAACCAUUGAUGCCUACUAAACGCCAAUAUGUGUUGCAAGAAUCAAAUGUACCCACGUAUGUAUAUAAUGAGCGGAAUAUCAUUGGAUGUAAUUACACCGUUAUUUUAUAUGAUCAUGAUCAUGAUAAAGAUUCUAUAUGGAAUUCGAAAUGUUAAGGAAUAAGGACUCUUCUUCUUUUACAAAAAUAACCGAAUCUCCUAUUUAUAGACAUAGUCACAGAUAUUAUCCUCGUGAUUCACAGGCUAAUGAUAUUUAUUGUGAAAAUGUAAUUAAAAAUUAGCUAAGAAUAAUGAAAAGAAAAUGUGAGAAAUAACAUAAAAUGCUUUGGUAACCUUCUGUGGUCAUUAUUUAACAUGAUAAUUACUUAACAGCAGUGGAAGCUCCUUAAAGCAUGGCUAGAGACAUGGUAAUAACUAUGCAAUGCUGUUGAAAUGGUCAGUUGGGGAUUUCAGAUCUAUUUUGCAGUUUAUGCAUUGUUUUCUUUGUUGAUUACAGUUUACAAGUGCCUUAUGGUGUGCAUGUUCUUGAAGAAAUGGACGAGAUUGUUGGACACAUUGAAGGCAGAUAUGACGUAUCAUUGGCAGACUCCACCAUGAUGUGGAUUGUGCAAUACGGCAUGAACAAAGCUCAAGAAAGGAUGAAGACGAAAACCGGAAUCAUCGAACGCCUGAAUGAGAUAUCAAAGUUCUAUGAAUUGGCAGUGAUGCAGCUUGAAGGAUGCCUCAACAUUGUUAAAGCUGGGACAGAAAACAAGUCUCUGGAAAGCAAUCAUGAAGAAGUACUUGAAGAGCUAAGAGAAAUCAAAGAUCGCCUCCAAGGUCGCCUCGAGGAAUCUGAAUUGGCCAUAUCAGAGAAGGACAGAGAGUUGACAGAGCUUAAAGAAAGAGGGCCAAUGUCUCCGUCUUCCGGCCCUGGAACUGGGACAGCUACAAGUCCAACUUAUGAGAAUGAUCAAACAACAAGAAACAAGCAUAGUAAGGGUGAUGUCCAAGAAUUAAGGACUUGUAUGGAUCAACAUAUGCAAAACAUGAAACAAAGAGUUGAAACAAAACAUGGCAAGUCAGGUGAUGCAUCACAGAGUGGCAUUGACAGGAAAAAGAUCGAAGAGAUGGGUUCAGACAUUGGAAUACUAAAGCAGACUAUGGAUCUUGCUUUUACCAAGAUGCAGAGUGCUCUUGUCUUGUGUGAGAUGAGGCCAAAGGAGAGGCAAUGGAAGUUGGCAAUCGAAAAAGAUGUUAUGUCUAUUUUGAUUAGAAGUUUCUUGAGGGAGUUUCAAGAGAAUGCUGAUGCAAAAGAGAGGAAGAAAGAGGAUCAGGUUCUGAAACAUUGGCAGGAGCAUUAUUGGCCACAAAUGAUGAAUGAGGUUACAUGUCUGCAGUAUGAACUUGCCAAUUUGAAUGAAACAUGUGCUGAGGAUUCUGACUGCUCGGCGCUUUCUUCGCCAACCAAGGCUUCCCAGGACGAAGGAUGUUUCGAAAAGCCAAGGUCUCCUAAGAAGGUGGAUGAGGCAAAGCCGCCAAAAGUGGAAGAGAAUGAAGAUGGGAGUAACAUUGUUGCUAAACUGAUAAAGAGUCAUGAGUCUAUUAUUCGCAGAACGAAAGAAGAAAUGAAACUGAGUAAGCUUGGACUUGCACAAGACAAGAAGGCCUCAUCCUCCAAAAUAAGAAGGGAACGCCUCAAAGAAAGAAUCCGUGCCGUCAUAGAAAGAUUGGAUAAUCUUACAGAUAGGAAUGAUGAGAUGAGUGAAUCUUUUCGUGAAAGCAAAACACUUCCACGGAGGAGGUUAUCCGAAAUAUAUGAGACUGAUAUAGUUAACAAGGAUACUGAUCACUGGGGAAGCACCUGGGAGAAUGAAAUUGGAGUAUUCAAUGCAGGAAAAGGACAGUUGUUAACAACAGAAAAGAGAUAUAACACAAUGGCAAGGUCAAAAGCACAAGGCAUUCAUGGUUCUGUAGGAAAAGGUAUGGUAGAAGAAUUUAAUAGUAUAUCAUAUAGUUAUGCCAUUGAGAUGCUAAUACAGGAGAGUGUUUUUAAAUGCUACUUAAUUAAUCAGUGGAAUGAAUAUACCGAAGAAAAUAUCAUUGAAAGGAAGAUUAGUGAUGAUAUAAUUCGGGUUCUCUUCUCUGAGGUAGCUAAGGAUAUCAGUUCUAAUCCAGAAUUUGCCUUAACCAAGUGUCAGUGUGGUAAAGCUGAGGAAUAUGGUGUACAAGUACAACGUUUGACGUGUAGUAACCAAGAGGAUGAAAUAGAAUGCACCAUAAGGGAGGAUAUAUGCUCGCUUAUGUUUAGGAAAACUUGUGAGGAAUUCAACACAGUAAUGGAAGGUUGUAAUGUUGACAGCACAGUAAGAGAAGAAAUACAUUGGAUUGUUUUUGCAGAAACGUUGAAAAGUUUCGCAGAGAUAGCCAGUUAUGCUUCAAGAGGGAAAAGAGAUAACAACACCAGUCUUGUAGAUCAGUUACAAUUUAUAAUUACAGAAAGUAUUCUGAAGGAAGAUGUUAGCAUGGUUGUCUUCAAGGCCAUGCUUAAGGAGUGGAAGAAUGAGGCAGAAAACUACUACAUGGAGAACUUGAUAAGGGAGCAGAUACACCAAUUCAUACUGGUUGAGACAUUAAUUGAUGCUAUUCUGUUAUCCAUGGAAGUCAAAUCACAAGGUCAUUACAACACAAGUGGAGAUAAUUAUCCUACUGUGAUGCUAAAUCAAGUUCUGGCAACACAGGGAGAAGAGAACAUGACCAUUGUAUUGCUAGAGUCUCUACUUAGAUGUUUUGAAGCUGGAGAGACUCUGCUGCUAUGUGCACAAUCAGAGAUCAAUGAACACAGCAAACAACUGGACUUGGGUUCAGAAUAUGGUGACCUACAUGAGCAUGAAAUAUUUGAAGAUUUGAUAACUGGGGAGGAAAGAACUUUCUUUUCACUAAAUAGCAAGGUAGAAAAUGUCUUGCAACAAUUAGGUAUAAGCAAGGCACUUCUAAGGGAGUUAGGCAGCAACUUAGGCCACAGACUAAGCAACUCAGAAAGCUUUCAUCAUCACACAUCAUCUAUUGAAGAAGAGUAUCUGCAUCCUGCUUCUUCAGUUUUCUUGCCCCUCUUGAAUCUUUCACGAACAUUUCCGGAAUUUGAGGUGAUGGUAAGCCAAAACUUACAGAUGAUGACUGUGAGGUAUUUCGAAUUCCAAUAUCUUUUAUAUGCAUAACAAACAUGUACCAAUCUCAUGCUUCCUCUUAUACUUUCCCAAAAAUAUGCUUAUAGAUUGGAAAAGAUGAAGUGUUGUUUAGAUUCGGUUAUUGAGUUAGUUGAUAGCUUGAGAAACAAACAAUUGCUUUACCAAAAGGCCUUCAUCAGAAGGUGCCAGAAUCUCCAAGAUGCUGAAGCUGAGGUUGAUCUUCUUGGUGAUCAAGUGGAAGAACUGCUAACAUUACUUGAGCAGAUUUAUGUAACACUUGCUCUGCAUGCACCAACUUUGCAGCAGUACUUUGAGGUCUCUAACAUUUUGGAACUAAUAAAAGCAGAACUGAUAAGAGGAGCAUCUCAGACACUUGCAAGUGUAAACUAGAGAAUAGUGACUUCAACAAUGAGUACCAAUGUAUUGUGCUCGCUAUAGAAAGUAAC